UUACACCGGUGACCAACCAAAGCCGCCACGCAGACACAGCACCGAGCAGCCCGGCGCUCUACUAGCACACCAGUGACCGCCACAUGGCGGCCACUCGACCUCUUCCGCCAUCCUUCCAAAACCCUAACUUUCCACCCGCGCCCAAAUCUCCCGAUCCCUCCUCGGCCGCUUUCCUUAUCAAAGCCUCCACCUUUAGGAAGAACAAGCAGAACAGCAGCAACAUCAUCAGGUGCGAGAUCAAGAGCUUCGGCCACAACCUGACCAUCGAGCCGGACUCUCCGGUUCACGUCUUCCGCGACGCUUCCGAACCCCAAUUGUCAAUGGCUUCCGAUUCGGCGGUGAAGAAGGCGAAGAAGGUCUGCCUCUUCUACUGCGCCGAGACCAAAGCCCUCGCCGAGAAUGUCGCCGCCCAGUCCGACUCCAUCGAGCUCCGCAGCAUUAAUUGGAGGAAAUUUGAUGAUGGGUUCCCCAACAUAUUCAUACCCAAUGCUCAUGGAAUUCGAGGGCAACAUGUGGCGUUUCUCGCCUCGUUUAGCUCCCCGUCGGUGAUUUUUGAGCAGCUCUCUGUGAUUUAUGCAUUGCCCAAGUUGUUCAUCUCCUCAUUCACUCUGGUGCUUCCAUUUUUUCCGACGGGGACUUCGGAGCGUAUGGAGGAUGAGGGAGAUGUCGCCACCGCUUUCACGCUUGCCAGGGCCUUGUCAAACAUUCCCAUUUCGAUGGGAGGGCCUACUAGUUUAGUUAUCUAUGAUAUCCAUGCCUUGCAGGAGCGGUUUUACUUUGGUGAUAAUAUCUUACCGUGCUUUGAGAGCGGGAUCCCCUUGCUCAAAAAUAGGCUCCAGCAGCUCCCUGAUUCCGACAAUAUAUCCAUUGCUUUUCCUGAUGAUGGUGCGUGGAAACGAUUUCAUAAGCAGCUACAUCAUUUCCCUACGAUUGUCUGUGCUAAAGUUCGGGAAGGUGACCAACGAAUUGUACGUAUUAAGGAAGGAGACCCUAGAGGACGACAUGUUGUGAUUGUUGAUGAUUUGGUUCAGUCUGGUGGUACCUUGAUCGAAUGCCAGAAAGUUUUAGCCGCCCAUGGAGCGGCAAAAAUCAGUGCUUAUGUAACGCAUGGGAUCUUUCCUAAUCGAUCAUGGGAACGCUUUCAAAGUGAUUAUGGAGGGCACCCCGAUCACGGGCUGACCUACUUCUGGAUUACGGACUCGUGUCCGGUGACAGUGAAAGAUGUGAAGAACAAUCCGCCAUUUGAAGUUCUUAGCCUUGCUGGUUCCAUAGCGACUACUCUUCAAAUGUAAGAGUAGCUUACGAGCACUAGAUAGAAAGUGUCCUCUUUGGUUUUUGUUAUGUUUUUGCCCCACCCUUUCUUCCAAUAAUGGGGUUGAAUGGACUAUAGAGGAGUUAUCAGGCAUAGAGAAAGUUAAGGCACUUGAGAAUGCGGUUGCGGCGAAGAAUUUUUCACUUUGUUUAGCAGAUAUGAUGGCCAACUUUAGAACUUGGAUAACAAUAAAACCCCAAGUUCAGUCAGUCGGCCAUAAUGUAGCUCUGGGAAUAGGGCAAGCGCGAAUAACCGUUGAUAAUGUACAAAGUGGUUCUUGCA